ACACAAUUGUGCUGUUGUGGUCUUUGGCUUUGAGAUAAGUCUUUCUCAAUGGCUUUAGUGUGUUUCUUUUCCAUUUCAACUCCCCUAUGUUACAAAACAUCAUAUGCCAAAAGGAAAGCUUUAAAUAUUUACAACACAUUAUAUUCAUCACAAUCAAAUUCAGUGCCCCCACACAAUGGCUCAACCCCUUGUUAGACGAUCAGCAAACUAUGAGCCAUCUUUAUGGUCAUUUGAUCAUAUCCAGUCACUCUCUAUCAAAUAUAAGGGAAAUGAUUACACGUCGAGAAGAGAUAGUCUGAUAGAAGCAGUGAAGGCCUUGAUUUGUAAUGUCCGAAAUCCAUUGAGCGUCCUUGAACUGAUUGAUGAUUUACAGAGACUUGGAAUAGCUUAUCAUUUUCCGGAUGAAAUAUGUUCUCUACUGGAGAUGAUAUAUCACAAUUACUAUCAAGCUCAAGACAAGUGGAAUUCAAUGAGUCUCAAUCAUAAAGCCCUUGGUUUUAGAUUAUUGAGACAAAAUGGUUACCAUGUCCCUAAAGAGAUAUUUGACAACUUCAAGGACCAGCUGACUCAAAAUCUUAAGCCCCACUUAUACGAGGAUAUGAUGUGUAUGUUGAACUUGUACGAGGCUUCUUAUCAUUCAUUUGAGAAUGAAAGCAUUAUGGACGAUGCUCGAGACUUCACAUCCAGAUAUCUCAAAGAAAAUUUAGAGAACAUUCAUGAAAAUUUAUCAUCAUUAGUAACUCAUGCUUUAGAGCUUCCACUACAUUGGAGAGUACCCAGGGUUGAGACAAUAUGGUACAUCGAGGAGUAUGAGAAAAGAAAUGGCAUGAAUCCAACCCUGCUGGAGCUGGCAAAAUUGGAUUUUAAUAUGGUUCAAGCUAUCCACCUUGAAGAUCUAAAACACUCAUCGAGGUGGUGGAGAAAUAUAUGUUGGGAUAAGAAGUUAAGUUUUGCUCGAGACAGAUUGGUGGAGAAUUUCUUGUGGACGGUUGGAGUCAAUUAUCUACCACACUUUACUGUUGAAAGGAAAACGCUAUUGAAAGUUUUUGCCAUACUAACAACUAUUGACGAUGUCUAUGAUGUGUAUGGAACUUUGGAUGAGCUUGACAAAUUUACUGAUGCUGUCAUCAGAUGGGAUAUCAAUUUGGUGGGUGAACUCCCAGAUUAUAUGAAGAUAUGUUUUCUGGGAUUUUACAACUCGAUAAACCAGAUGUCAUAUAAUGCAUUGACUCGAACUGGAUUCCUCAUCCUUCCUUACGUAAAGAAAACAUGGACAGAUUUAUGCAACUCAUUCCUAUUAGAAGCACAGUGGUACCAUAGUGGAUAUAUACCAACACUAGAAGAGUACUUGGAGAAUGGUUAUGUAUCCAUAGGCGCUUCAGUAAUACUCAUGCAUCUUAGUUUUUUGACAUCAAUCAAUGCCACAGAAGAAAUCAUGCAAGGCAUGGGAGGAACUGAAAAUAUAGUUCGCUACUCAUCCCUGAUUGUACGGCUUGCUGAUGACUUGGCGACAUCCUCGGAUGAGAUUGCAAGAGGAGAUAAUCCAAAAUCAAUUCAAUGUUAUAUGCAUGAGAAUGGUGCUACAGAAGAAGAGGCUAGAAGGUAUAUCGAAUUGUUACUCAUCAAGACAUGGAAGAAACUUAAUAAAGCACGAGCAGGUGCAAAAUCUCAAUUUUCACAGGAAUUCAAUAAUUGUGCUACAAACCUUGCUAGGAUGGCACAUUUUAUGUACUCUAAUGGAGACGGGCAUGGUCGUCCAGAUUUGAAAAAGUCCCAUGUAAUAUCUCUCUUGUUCAAUCCAAUCCUAGGAAUUGAGUAGUAAAGAUUAGUGUGUCUUUUAAUAGAUGUAAUCUUCAUUUCUAAAUUAUGAUUGCAAAGUAUCACUAUAGAAACGACAAAAUUAGAUCAUUGUUCAUUAGUCUCGGUCACCGUAAUUCCGUAAACACUCCUUGUAAUAGACCCAAUGUAAUGUAUUCCAUCAUCUUCAUGCAAAU